AUGUUGAAGAAAGAAGAGGAUAUAGUAAAUAAGAAUGCAUUGUAUGGGCUGGAUCAAGGAAAACCGACUUCUACGUUAAUUAUAGCCGGUAGUGUUGCUGCGAUAUUUCAGACUACGCUCUCUUAUCCAUUUGAAUUUCUCAAGACAGGGCAACAGUUACAUCGAUCAGUGCCAGGGGCACCUAAGUUCAAUGCAUUCCAUCCUGUGAAGUAUUAUUUUAGUGGAUGUGCAUCAUUGAAUGUUGGCGUACUGUUUAAAACUAUGGUGAGAUUUGGUACAUUUGAAAAGGCAUGUGAGAUGAUGAAAGACCCUGAUAUGAAUGAGACACAGAUAUCCGGAAUAAGGUUGUUAGCGGCUGGGAUAAUCACUGGAUUUAUGGAGAGUUUGUGGGUAGUCCCCUUUGAAAGCGUUAAGACUACAAUGAUAGAAAAUGCACAUAUACUCUCUUCUAAGGUUCAGCAGGUUCCUUCUGAACGCGUGAUGGAUGCCAAACCAACAAAGCGCCCUGUAUUUCACUCGCCUGUAGGGACGGUGAGUUCACGCGAGAUGCUGUUGAGACAUUAUGAGGCAAACCCGUCUUCACACUUUUUCUCAACUGUUAAGGAGAUCUAUCUUACACGAGGUGUUCGUGGGUUUUUACAAGGUGCUAUGCCGACGGUUUUUAGACAAUUGGGGAAUUCGGUAGUCCGUUUCACCGUAUAUACAUGGUGCAAACAGUUUCUUUCUCCACACAAACCGUUAGAUGAAUAUAAAGCAUUUGCAGCUGGGGCAUUAUCAUCUUGUGCCGUUGUUGCAGUUACGCAGCCAAUCGAUGUUAUAAAGACGCGCAUGCAAAGUAAGUAUGCAUGGGCUUUAUAUAGAAGUUCUUUGAACUGCGCCUAUCGUAUAUUCGUUGAAGAAGGGGUCACUAAGUUUUGGAACGGAUGGGCCCCACGUCUUUUCAAAGUUGGACUAGCGGGUGGGAUGUCCUUUGGUGUUUACCAAUAUGUUGAAAAUUUAACGUUGCUAAUUCAAAGUAAGCGAAGAUCUAAGAUAGGUCCUCUGGAAUAA